ACAGUUGCUAUUAAACCAAAUAAACCGCUAAUAACCGUCGGAUCAAUCUUUAAUUGGUUAAGCCCGACAAAAGCGGGGGGAAAGAAACCAGAACAGAGACUAGUAUAUAUAAAUGAAGAAACAGAGCAGAAGAGGAGAUCAUAUGUGAGCUUCUUCUUCUUCUUCUUCUUCUCCACAAGUCACAGAAAAGUCAAACAGACGCCGGAAACGACGCGAUUCUAGAGUUUCCUUCCAUCGUCGAUCUGAUCUUCUCUCGGUUGAAGAAGAAGAGGAUAAAGAAGCAUAGGUCCAUGGCUGAAUGAUAACAGUUUUAUCUCCGGAGAUUCGGAGUUUUUUUUUUCUUUUAGGAAUCUAAUAAAGAAGAAGAUGGCAGUCUCUUUCCCUCGUCUCCCCAGGUGGUUGUGUGGUGGUGGUGGUGGUAGCACUAAGAAAGACUCAAAAGGAUCAUCUCCUUCACUGAAGAAGACUAUUAAGACUGGAUCUUCUUCUUCGGUGAAGAAGAUGAAAAGAGGAUGGGUUGAUAGAGGAGAGGAGGAGGGUAAGAUGGGGAAUGUGCUGUUCCCUGAACCAGAUGAUCCUGAGUGGUCCAUUGGUUGGGUUGAACCACAUGGACCUGGGUUUAAAAGUGAGGAUGAUACUGGUGGUGGGUUUGUGGUUCUUGUUCCUUGUUACAAGAAAGUGAUAGAUGGUUCAGGGAAUCAGAUUCCAACUGGUUUCCUCUCUCCUGCUUCUGAUAAGAAGAAUAUGGAACAGUGGCUGUCGUCUAUGGGGAAGCUUUAAUAAGCUUUUGGAGGAUUUGUGAAGAUCAAGACUGUUUCCCACAUUGUGUUUUUAAGUAUUCAAAAAUUAAAAAUAAAAAAAAAACCAGAAAAAAAAUUUGUGGAUAGGUUUUCUGGAGACUUCUUUUGGUUCUCUGUUUCAAGUGAGUGACAACAAAACAUCAAGUCAUCCCUCUCAAGAAUCUACUACUAAUGGACAAAUGUGAUGGUGAUGGAGGCUUGGCAGCCUAAAAUGAAUGAAGAAUGAUGGAUUGAUAUGCUAUGAAUAUGAUAUAUGAUUUGAGUACUGGAUAUUUUUCAUGUGGGUGUUUGGAGUGAAGACGUUUUCUGCUUCUGUGGUCGAGAUUAUUGUGAACAAACAAAGAAAAAAGAUUUUUCUUUUUGUUCUUUUGUGAUUGAUGAUGUGUAAUGGUGUACAUACAUGUACAUAAGUUUCUCUUA